AAUAAUCAAUUUAACAACAUACUGAAUUAAAUAUCUUUUAAGUGAUAAUGAUAAUGGUAGGAGUGCAACAUGCUUAUCUAUUGAUAAUUUAAUGGAUAUUGGUCACAGUCGGCUGCUGAAGUUCCUAAUGAAAGAACCAAAAAUGGAGAAACAUACCCUCAAAAUAGAAAACCUACGGCCAACAGACAUCGAAAGCGAAGUACCAGGGCAACAGAAACUACGAGAAGCUUCGGAACCAACCGUUGACACCAAGGAGCCGAGACUCGAAACAGUUCAAAACGUAAGUGACGGAAAACUAACCUUAAAACAAGGGGAUACGGUCGAAACUUACGCGCCCGUCAUUACGGUCAAAACUGUGGAAUCCGACUUCGGUAAAGAAGGUUUAAAGUUCCAGAAAAAGACAGUGACAGAGGAUAUCUCUGUCGAGUUCCAACACUUGUUUAAGAAAGAGGUAAAACCGGGGAAGACUGUUGUUACUCAGAUUCAGCGGUUUGAGUAUAAAGCUGGCCAGAUAGAAUGGGUUGACCUUCGGGACAUGGUGACGAAGCCGAUCUAUAUGGGCUUACAAGAAGAAGUUAUACGCUCGCCGCAUCACAUCAGACCACCUAGUGAACACGAACCUCCUAUAGGCAAAACAGAUUCAACACCAGGUGAUACCAAGCCCCCAACCAGAAUACCCGUGUCCAGGUUCAAACCGGCGGCCGAACGCGUGCUGAAAGAGAAAAGAGAUGCCGAUGAGCAGAAGAGUAAAAGAGAGGCACCAGAAAAACCACGCCGUACUUCCAAACUAAAUAACAGAAUACCUGUUGCAAAGAAAAAUCCUCCAUCAGAAGGUCGACCUGUUAACACAGAAAGUGAGCCGGUAACAGAAGCCAAAGAUGAAACGCUAGUCAAAACUAAUCUGAAGAGAGCCACAAGAAAAGACAGAAUACCAGUAUUGAGUAAAGAUCACUAUAAAAUAACAAAGAAAGAUGACGGAAUUAAAGAUGAACCAGUUAAAACAGAGCCAAUUGAAAAGUUAGAUGAUGAAUUUGAUAAACUUUAUGAUGAAAUAGUUGACAAUGAUGCGGCAAGUCUACCUGAGGAGAUCCUAGAAAUUAAAGUUAAAGACCCUGAGAAGCUUGAAAUUAAGUUUGAAGAAAUAGUUCAUCAAUAUGACGAUGCACCGAUAGAGCAGGUUAAAUUAGAACCAAUUGAUAAGGCGAGAUAUUCUAAAAUACCAUUACUUAGACGCAGGAGUUCACAUGACGUAAAGUUACCCGGACAACUCGAAAGAAGAUUGUCACUCAAAACCGGUAUCAUAAAUAAAUCUACUUCAAUAGGCGAUCAAGAGGCAAAUACGAGUACAGUGAAGAAAGAAGACAUUGAUAAACCAAAUAACGUUACGGAAAAUAAUAGAGUACAAGUAUCUGAUAAUAAUACUAACAGUGAAAAUGCUGUUGAGGUAAAUAAUAAUGACGAAAAUGACGAGGAUCGUUACAUCGAAACGGAAUCCCCACCUCUAAUACCAGAUUAUAAUACGAUUCCAACUCCAGAUUCUGAAUUAGUGAAAGUUGGAAUAUUCGGAAUAUCUGCCCGAAACAUAUCAUUAGAAGAAAAAAAUCAAAAUGUGACAACGCCUGAACUAGAAACUGUCAAAGUAGCUGUUAUAGAUAAACCUGCUGAAGAACCACCGAAACACGAUAGUGAAGAUAUUAAGUUUAUAGAAAGAAAACCUACCCACCCACCUGAAAUAUCAGAUGAUAUGUAUAUCCCGACAAUAGAUAAUAAGCACGAAAUGGUAGAUAAUUUAUAUUUAUCUGAAGAAAAUAAUACUGACAUCCCUAAUAAUUCUACGGAAGAAAUUAAUUUGAAAGAUGAAAAAGACUCUAUUAAAGUAUCAAUCACAAAUGAAGACCCAAUUGAUCAGAAUAAAAUCAAUCGUAUAGUAUAUCCUGACAAUGAUUUAAAAUCUUAUAAUUUAUUGAAAAAUACUAGUAAUAUUGAAGAAAGUACCAAAUCCAGAUAUAUUGACAAGCCACCAAAAGAAGAAACAAAACCAAAUAAUGUACCAAAAAUAGAAGAAGAUAUACCGAAGGGGAAAGAAGAAACAAAACCAAAUAAUGUACCAAAAAUAGAAGAACAUAUACCGAAGGGAAGGGAGGGGAAAGAAGAAACAAAACCAAAUAAUGUACCAAAAAUAGAAGAAGAUAUACCGAGGGGAAGGGAGGGUAAAGAAGAAACAAAACCAAAUAAUGUACCAAAAAUAGAAGAACAUAUACCGAAGGGAAGGGAGGGGAAAGAAAAAACAAAACCAAACAAUGUACCAAAAAUAGAAGAAGAUACACCGAAGGGAAGGGAGGGGAAAGAAGAAACAAAACCAAAUAAUGUACCAAAAAUAGAAGAAGAUAUACCGAAGGGAAGGGAGGGGAAAGAAGAAACAAAACCAAAUAAUGUACCAAAAAUAGAAGAAGAUAUACCGAAGGGUAAAGUUAGUAGAAUUCUGAAAAGACUUACUUCACAAGAAAGUCCUAACACUGAGCACACUGAUAAAAAUAUUGAUAAAGAAGUUAUAGAUGCAAAGAAAGAAAUAGACGAUAUUCCUAAAAAGAAGUCAGUCCUUUCUAAAAUUGCAAUGUUUGAGCGUGGAGACCCAGGACCUCCAAAACCCAAAACAUUAACACACAAAUAUUCAAAACCAGUACGAACUAUUAGCGAAGAAAUAAAACACUCACCAAAAAUAGUACAAGAAGUCCUUAAGCCCAGAGGCGUAGACACAGAUAAACAUACUAUUGUUACUGUUGAUAUCGUGAGACCUGCUGAGGUUAUAACUAAUAAUGAAGAAGAAUUACCAAUUGUAGAGAUUUUGAAAGAAAAUAUAGUUAUGUAUGAUAACUUUGACGAUUCUCGACUCAAUAAAACCGAAAAUAAGAUAGUUCAUCAUGUUCUACCACCUAAAGGCGUACAUACAAACGAACAUACAAUUGUUACCAUUGAUGUUAUGAAACCAGUUGAAGUUGUUGACAAUAACGAGGAGCAAGUAACGGUUGUAGAAAAUUUGAAAGAAAAUAUAGUCACUUAUGAUAACCUUGACGAUUCUCGACUCAAUAAAACCGAAAAUAAUAUAGUUCAUGAUGUUCUACCACCUAAAGGCUUACACACAAACAAACAUACAGUUGUUACUAUUGAUGUUAUGAAACCAGUUGAAGUUGUUGACAAUAACGAGGAGCAAGUAACGGUUGUAGAAAAUUUGAAAGAAAAUAUAGUCACUUAUGAUAACUUUGACGAUUCUCGACUCAAUAAAACCGAAAAUAAGAUAGUUCAUCAUGUUCUACCACCUAAAGGCGUACAUACAAACGAACAUACAAUUGUUACCAUUGAUGUUAUGAAACCAGUUGAAGUUGUUGACAAUAACGAGGAGCAAGUAACGGUUGUAGAAAAUUUGAAAGAAAAUAUAGUCACUUAUGAUAACUUUGACGAUUCGCGACUCAAUAAAACCGAAAAUAAGACAGUUCAUGAUGUUCUACCACCUAAAGGCGUACACACAAACAAACAUACAGUUGUUACUAUUGAUGUUAUGAAACCAGUUGAAGUUGUUGACAACAACGAGGAGCAAGUAACGGUUGUAGAAAAUUUGAAUGAAAAUAUAAUCACUUAUGAUAACUUUGAUAAUGAUAGAAUGAAUAAUAUAGAACCAACUGAAACUGAACCAAAACGUCUAAAUAUUGUGAAUAAUGAUACUGGAUUAACAGAUAUUAGUAGAAAUGAUGAUAAUUAUAACAAAUCAGAAGAAAGAAUCGAUGCAGAAGGCGACGUUAAAAUAGAAAAAGAAAACAAACCAAAGGGCCAGUUUCUUAAAGAUGACGACAAUAAUGAGUCAGCACUAAUUAACAAAAUUAGACCUAAUAAUGAUUACAGUAAAGAAAAAUGGAAAAGCACAGAUGCUCUUACAGAUUUCCUUCCAGUGAAAGAAAAAAUAAAUAGACUCAAAUCUUAUGAAGGCACAAGUAUGAUAAAAGCCAAAUCAACAGCAGAGUUGGACUUAGGAGAUGCCGUGAAAGGAAAAGUCAAGAAGAUGAUUGUGAGAAUGAAUUCGUCAGAGUUGCUAGAUGAUGUGAGGCCGAAAGAGGCAGAAGUUAUAAGUGCGAAAGAGAGGCCUAGAAAGAGGUCGGUGUCGGAGAAAAUUGCCUUGUUCGAGAGAAAACUCACACCAGUAGCAAUGGAAAACGUGAAAUUUGAAAACACCGGCCGCGCUCUGAACCCCCACACCAGACCUGUCAACACUGUCAACGGCGUACCUGUCAACAGCAAACCUGUCAACACUGUCAACGCCAAACCUGUCAACACUGUCAAAACUGUCAACGUUGCGACCAAUGGCAUGCAGAUAGAGGCAGAUAUAGAUUACGCAGCCAAGAUAAAAGAGCUGAAAAACGCCAAAAUUACGUAUGGAAGCGUUAGUAACAUGAGUUACACACCGCUGCGAGACGGGAGGAAAAUGCCCGUUAUCGCCCUUGGGACUGCAUUGCUGGACCCCAAGCUAGCCACACACAUAGUGGCAGCGGCCAUAGAUCUCGGCUACCGGGCCAUAGACACGGCAUAUAUCUAUGGAAAUGAGAAGGAAGUCGGGGAGGGGAUACGGGCGAAGAUACUAGAUGGAACCGUUCGACGUGAGGAUCUAUUCAUCAUGAACAAGUUAUGGAGCACCUUCCACCGGCCUGACCUGGUGGAGGCCGCCUGCCGCGCCUCCCUGGCUGCCACCGGCUUGGAAUACUUCGACCUGUAUAUGAUACACAACCCUAUGUCAUUUAAGGAAGGCGGCGAACCCCUCCCAAGGAUCGCCAACGUACUCCAAUACUCCGACUACGAUUACCUGGACGCGUGGUUCGCCAUGGAGGGCUUGGUGUCCAAGGGGCUAGUGCGCAGCAUCGGCGUCAGCAACUUCAACUCUGCGCAACUUGACAGGGUGAUGGAUAAAGCCAGGAUCAAGCCAGUGGUCAACCAGGUGGAAUGCCACCCGUAUCUGAGCCAGCAGCGGCUCUCCGAGUUCUGCGAAGCGCGUGAUGUGCGCCUGAGCUGCUUCGGCGUGCUAGGGUCCAAGGGGACCCCGGCGGACGUGAAGGCCUCGCAGGCGGCCGCUAUAGAUGACCCACUGGUGCAGGUCAUGGCUGCUGGCCUGGGGAUCAGUCCAGCACAGCUGUUGAUAAGAUACCAGAUCGACAGCGGGCACGGCGUGGUGGUGAAGGCGUCAUCCGGCGCGCACCUGUGGGACACCCUGCAGGCGCUCCGCACGUCGCUGGAGCCCCCGCAGCUUGCCGCCAUACACGCGCUCAAUAAGAACAAGAGGACAUUCACUUUCGCGGGGAUGGGAGACACACACAAGAAUUAUCCUUUCAAGGUUGCUUUUUAAUCUAUAUGGGACUUAGGAUGGUAUUCCACCUGUCCAAUGUGUAUUGCCUCUCACAUUUUGCUUUAAUAAGAGUGAAACGCACUGAGAUUGGACAAAGAAAUUGGACAUUUGGAAUACCACCCUUGGCAGGCGUGGCUCACUCCGCGAUUUCGUCGCUUUGCAACAGGUAGCUACAAGUACAUCCGUUCCACACCAAUUUUGGUGGCUAGCCAUAAGCCGCGCGUGGCGCUGUCGCCACCUAGCGGCCAUAUCUGUCCUGAUCGUAACAGACGCGUUUUGUUAGAGUGUGAGUCUUCUGUACCUAGUACUAUUAUUUAUUCUGUGCCCUUGGGCCCACUUGCACCAUUCCACUAACCCGGGGUUAACCCGUAACCGGUUAAACCUGGAAUUGCCAUGGUUACCAGUACAAUUCGACACUAGGUUAAC